GGAGAUGGUCGGGUCGAGCCCAUGGAAAAGUCGAAGCCUCGACUUCCGAGGCCCAGCCCCAAGACUCGCGGUUCACCGCGAAAUUUGGGGUUUAGGGUUUCGCAUUUGAACAAUUUUGGGAAGAGGAGGAGGAGGAGGAGGACAAGAAGCAAAACUCUUGAAAAUGGAGGAGUCCGAGGGCUCGAACCUGUCGGAGAAGAGAGAUGUCGGUCCCUCCACGGCCUUGGAUUACCUCGAUCCUCGUUAUUGGGACGAGAGGUUCUCUCGCGAGGAGCACUACGAGUGGUUCAAGGACUACUCUCAUUUCCGCUACCUAAUACAACAGAAUGUCAAACCUGAUUCUUCUGUUCUGGAGCUUGGUUGUGGAAACUCGCAGCUAAGCGAAAAUCUCUAUGAAGACGGUGUUAAUGAAAUAACAUGCAUUGAUCUGUCAGCUGUGGCUGUGGAAAGGAUGCAAAAACGGGUACAACAUAAGGGAUAUAAAGAAAUUAAAGUACUAGAGGCUGACAUGCUAGACCUGCCCUUUGGUGAUGAGUGCUUUGACGUGGUAAUUGAGAAAGGAACAAUGGAUGUAUUGUUCGUGGACAGUGGUGACCCAUGGAACCCUCGACCUGCAACAGUAGCUAAAGUCAUGCUGAUGCUUCAAGGAGUACACCGUGUCUUAAAACCGGAUGGAAUAUUUAUAUCUAUUACUUUUGGUCAGCCACAUUUUAGACGUCCUUUAUUUGAUUCUCCAGAGUUUACAUGGUCAGUGGAGUGGCACACAUUCGGCGAUGGAUUCCACUAUUUUUUCUACAAGUUAAAAAAGGGACAGCGAUCAAUGGUUGGCGAGAGACCUGGAAACAAGCUGCAGGUGCCAUCUAUUAACAUGCUUCAUGAGGAACUGGAGAGUGAAGAUUAUAUUUUCCGGACUAAUAUCGAUGAGAUGGACUGCUAAAGGACACUUCGACAAAUCUUUUUCUGGUCCAUAAUUUGUCAGUUGCAAUCUCACUAUAAUUUUGGCCUGAAUUGAUAACUCGGAUGCAGAAAUGUGUGUUGAAAAUCACGAUUGCACUUCUGAGAUUGAUCGUGUACCUGGCAAGAAGCAGAACAUUUAGAAUAGUAGUUCUUUUGCAA